CGUGCAGCAGCAGCGACCGCGCAUGCGCCAGAGAAAGGCGCAACAGUGGCAGGAGAAAAACAACAACAUUCAUUGGAACGGGGUGGAAUUUAUGGCAGCGCGAAGAGACCCCAGACCUCACUGAUCCAGUAUCACUUUAUUCAUUUUGGCUUGAUCUGUAAAUGUUGCCGAGCCCAUGAACCUGGCCAGUCAGAGCGGAGAGGCCGGCUGCAGCCAGCUGCUCUUCGCCAACUUUAAUCAGGAUAACACAUCCUUAGCUGUUGGUACCAAGUCUGGUUACAAGUUUUUCUCCUUGUCUUCAGUGGACAAAUUGGAACAGAUAUAUGAAUGUACUGACACAGAGGAUGUGUGUAUCGUGGAGAGACUGUUCUCCAGCAGCCUUGUUGCUAUCGUCAGCCUUAAGGCACCUCGAAAACUGAAGGUGUGUCAUUUUAAGAAAGGAACCGAGAUAUGCAACUACAGCUACUCGAACACUAUACUGGCUGUGAAACUAAACAGACAGAGAUUGAUAGUCUGUUUAGAGGAGUCACUCUAUAUCCACAACAUUAGGGAUAUGAAAGUACUACAUACCAUUCGAGAGACCCCUCCAAACCCUUCAGGACUGUGUGCCCUGUCAAUCAGUAAUGACAACUGCUACUUGGCCUAUCCAGGAAGUGCGACAAUUGGGGAGGUACAAGUUUUUGACACCGUAAACCUGAGGGCAGCUAACAUGAUCCCUGCCCAUGACAGCCCAUUAGCAGCACUGGCGUUUGAUGCAAGCGGCACUAAAUUGGCCACAGCCUCUGAGAAGGGCACUGUAAUCCGUGUGUUCUCUAUUCCCGAGGGCCAAAAGCUCUUUGAGUUUAGGAGGGGAGUAAAGAGAUGUGUAAGCAUCUGCUCCCUUGCCUUCAGCAUGGAGGGACUCUACCUAUCUGCUUCAAGUAACACCGAGACGGUUCAUAUUUUCAAGCUGGAGAUGCAGAGAGAGAAGUCAGUGCCUCAGGAAGAACCUACUACUUGGACGGGAUACUUUGGGAAAGUAUUGAUGGCCUCCACAACAUAUCUGCCUGCCCAUGUGACAGAGAUGUUUUCUCAAGGAAGGGCAUUUGCUACGGUCAGAUUGCCCUUUUCUAAUCACAAGAACAUCUGCGCUUUGGCCGUAAUCCAAAAGAUUCCACGGCUUUUGGUGGCGGCGUCCGAUGGUUAUCUUUACCUGUACAACCUGGACCCACAGGAGGGUGGAGAGUGCACACUAAUGAAACAACAUAAGUUAGAUGGAAGCGCAGAGCCAGCAAAUGAAAUUCUCGAACAGACAUCACAUGACCGGCCACUCGUGGCACAGACAUACAGUGCUGCUGUUGCCAAAGGUUACACUGAGGAUCAGGGAGCGGUAGGGGGUGCCGGAGUGGAGGAUGACAUGAACAAUCUACACCUGGAUGAAGAGAACGAACAGCCUCCCUUAAUUCUGGAAACCGACUGAGGCCCUGUCGGUCACACCCUGUGCAGAAGAUGAAUUCGACAGAGUGAUGUUGCUGCUACGGACACGACGAGUGUCGCGAUACGUGUGACCCGAUAAAGGAAAGGGAUUAAAAGAGAGAUCAUUUUAAAGCAAGCCUAGCUGUAGCCUUACUCUGUUGUUGCGUAUAGAUGUUUUCCUUUCCCCACGCUUGUGGCUUUAUAAAAUCUGGUGAAUUUUUGUUUUUGAUUUUUUGUUUUUAACUGUCCAGAAAUGUCAUUUAAUCAGACCAAAAUAUGAGAUCCAAGCUGCAGGUGUCACAUCUCUCCUAGCUUUGCAUGUACAUGUGCCAAGAAUAGAAAUGCUAGAAAACCUUUGCUUUCAAGUUGAUGUUUCUGAUGUAUUUGCCGCCCAUUUCUGCUCUCGAACUUUGACAAACACUUGCGUGUUUGCGUGUUGUGUCUUUUUAAAUAUGUGAUUGAAGGCUAACUGGCUUGCAUAGCCUGCCACAUCACCACAUAGCUGUGCAUUGUGGAGUCCUAUACGAAUCGUCAACGUGUGGCUAUGCCGUGGCACCAAGAUGUGAAUUUUGUCCAGUAAUAGCAAUGUAUAUUACAUGUUAAUAUGAUAGCCUGGUUACAGUUAUUGUUUAUUAUGCCAUUGAUGGCUAAACUGUUUAUAACAGGCUUGCUUUUUGUUUUAUUAUUGCAUUUAUAAGCACACAUGCUUUAGAAUGCUCUCUUUUUAUUCAUCCCAUGCCACACGGACAAUUUGGUUAAAAAGUUUGACACACAGAAAUGCCUAUUUUUGCUUUGAAAUACUCCUGGUUAUGAUUUCAUUCGAGAACUUUUAAGUACGUAACAUCGGUGACUCGCGUGUUGAUUUGCAAAGGAACUAGCUGGUUUUAAGAGGUAGUUGGUCACCAUCUUGUUUCAAGAGACAUUUUGUUUUAGGCUUAAUGAAGGAAGUUCAUUUCAUGCCUUGUAUCUUUCAUUUUCUUCAUAAAAUUAAAAGCAGAUGAUAUCUUGUGACAAGACAGGACAUAACCUUAGAGGUUGUUAAAGGACUUUGUAAGAAGGAGCGAAUGAUCUUACAAAGACACCGGUCCUUUAGUGCAAUGUUACAGAAAUGUUUGCCUUGUGACAGUGAAAUGGAAAAAUCCUGCAGCUUCGAGGUAUGUUCCCACAGACAUCCCUGUGGGCUGCAGUUUGUUAAACAAACAUGGCUAAAGCCCAGGUCACAUGGUCUGGCAUUUGAACCAGAACAAGUCAAAUAAUAAUAAAAAGAAAUUAUUACAUAAUAACUUGAUAUUCAGGAUUCUAGAGUUUUUGUGACAAAUUCGAGGACUGGGGCUUAUAAAUGCGCUAACCAGGGUGUGCAAACAAUAUAGGCAUUCAAAGAUACUGCCUGCCCUGAAUUCUUCAAUGGAGCGCUGAAGAUCAUUUUAUGCAUGGUUGUUUGUUGAGCAUGUUUUUGAUGUUGCAUAACACACGUCAACAUCAUUAAUCGACUUGUGUCCUCAUCAGCCAGUAAGCUCUAAUGCCCCAAAGCCACUUUAAUCAGUUUUAUAAUGAUUUUUGUAUAAAAUGUAAAUUGUUCCAUAUAAAGAUUAAAUAAACCCUCUGUUGAAAAUGUU